UGCAAUUACGUUGUUCCACACGGAACUGAUAGUGUGGAUACACUGAUGGGCAGAACGUUAAACGCUGCUGUUGUUGUUUUUAAUACAGAACAUUUAAAAGGACUAAUGUAAAAUGAGCACAUUAAGAGGUACGAAUGUCUGUCACAUAUCCUACUUCUACAAAUAAACCCGAGAUUAUUUACAUCUUUCCGUAGUCAUAGUUACACAUUGCAGUUAGUACUAAAACUGUCUUCGGUAGUGGAAGACAGAAAUGUGGGGAGAAAUCGAGCCAUGUAUCAAACCCAAGGAGGAUGAAAACAUGAAGAGCUGCGGUACAAACUCUCCAGAUUUGCAGCAGAAGACAGCGUUGUGGGGAGAAAUCGAGCCAUGCACUGAACCUAACACAUCUGGCAACUGCAACAUACCUGCUCCUCAAGAGAGAAGUCCUCCUAAAACAAAUGUCAAUGAGGCCCAAAACACUACAAGCUACUCUCCAAAUCUACAGGAUGAGCCAUCCAGCUGUCUCAGCGCAAUGAUCGAGGCUGUAGCAGCCAGUGGGAGUCCAGUGAAAAGCCAGCAGCUGGGGGAGCCAGACUUAACUCUGGAGGAGAAGAAGAAGGUUUUAAUGGAUCAGUACAAAUCCAAGCCCUUGGUUUUUCUAGAGCGCUAUCAGGCCCAUCUGAAGCCAGAGCACAUGGACGCUUUCUCACACCUGAGCAGUGACUGCAGGGCGCAGUAUUACUGCAAGGAGAUUCAGAGACGGGCAUCUGGCACAGCAGACCGGAAACGGAUCCGUAACCAUCGAUACGCAGCUCUCCGUGCUCUUCAGAAGGAGGGCCAGUACUUCAGCGAGGAGCAGAUGCGUGUGCGAGAUCCACUGCUGUAUGAGCAGUACAUUGGACAGUAUCUCAGUGAAGAGGAGAUCCUGCAGCGCUCAGAGGAGGCCAUGAAGAACGGCCCGGGGGGACUCGCUGACCUGCUUAUCAACUCCUACCAGGAGAAACUCAUCCAGAACCGCCUGGAGGAGGAGCAGGAGAGAGAGCAGUGUGCAGUGGAGGAGUCUGACGAGGAAGAGUGUGAGGAACCCAGACAGGCGGAGUGGGAGCCCACUGCAGAAGAGAAAGCCCUGCUGAGGGAGGAGUUCCUGAGUCAAAUGCAUCAGCGCUUCUUGGAUGGCAAAGAUGACUUCAACUACAGUGAAGUGGAUGAGAAUCCAGAUUAUGAUAACCUGGAUAUCGUAAGCCGUGAUGCAGAGGAGCGCUAUUUUGAUGAUGACGAUGAUGAGGAGGAAGAAGAGGAGGAGGAGGAUAUGAUGCAAUAGCCCUUUGUUCAGAAUGAUUUUCAUAUUUCUCCUGUUUAAUAUUUUUAUUUGUGUAGGUUAAAUGUGAUUAUCAGCACUUAAUUGUCUUUAAUAAAAGAGUACUAUUUUUCAAA